AUGGAAUUGGUCAGAACAUAUGUAUUUUUAAUUACAAUAUUACUAAGCCUAUUUAUUUACGGACAAACUAGUGAUGCACCUGUUGAAAAUACAACACAUAAUUGUCCCUUUACGAGAAUCAUAGAAGAUAUAUUUAAAAAACAUAAUAAAACAAACUCAAUUACCAGUCUCAAGGACGACGAAUCGGCUAAGCUAUUUUUAGAAGUUAUUGAUAACAUUGACGAUCAUAGCUCAAAUAAAAUACAGGAAGAUAUUAUCAAUAGCAUUAUAGAAUCAAUAAAAAGGGUAAAAGAAAAUAUAACAAGAGAUACACAAGUUGCGCAUUUGAAUGAAGCCAUAAUCUUAAAUGAUGGCAAGACUGUUUCAAAAAAUAAUCAUUUGAUAACUGUCAACCAAAUAAGAAGUGGGAUAGAAGAAAAAAUUGACGGAGUACCUCCCAAGAAAAGCAAUGGUAUUAAUACGAAAAAUGCGCUUAAUGAAAAACACACGUUUAGUAACAACACAUCUGUCGGUUCUCAAUACGUAGAAAUUUUAACGAUUGAACCUAAUAAUACUUUCGCAGUAAACACAUCGAGUAAUAAUAUAAUAGAAGUUCUUAAACAUAUCAUGCCUUUAUUUAAUAGCACCGUUAAUAAACAGGUACACAGUAUUACGAUUAUAGAAAAGAAUGAAAAUAAAAAUCAUUCCGUAACUGAAACGAAAAACACAUCAACUGUGCUUGUAAAAUACUGUGAUAAAGAUAAUACAACACAUAAUACCGAAACAGUGAAAAAUCUAAAUGACCGAAAUGAUUACUUGGAAGCUGAUUAUUACGAUCUACAAGAACAUGGAGAUAAUGUGACGACAGAAGGGAUAAGAGAUAUUCUGGAAGCGGCAGAAUAUGGAAUGCAAAAGAUGACUGAACUCUACACUGUUGUGGAACCUAAAUUAUACUCAAUGGGUUAUUGGCUUGAUGAUAAGAGCCCCGCCCGCUAUGUAGCAGCUUUUAAUGCUCCAUCUGAAGAUCUCGAGAAGUACUCCCGAUAUGGUUAUGCAUCAGUCUUGGCCGCAGCUAAAUUAAAAGAGCUAAGGUAA